AUGACAGUUCAGGGAGCUCCGGACGUUUGUGUAGGAGGGGGGUUGCAGCUGCUGCUGCCUGCCUGUGGUGCUGCUGCUGCUAGUGCAGCUGCUGCAGCAGCAGCUGCUGCUGCUGAAGAAGAAGCAGAAAUUGACGGCAGCUCUUUAUCUUUCAAGAAGAUUCAAGGAGGUGGAGGCCACCGUUCCGGCCUCUGCACCUCUCGCCUGCAGCAGCAGCAGCAGCAGCAGCAACAACAACAACAGCAACAACAACAACAACAACAGCAGCAGCAGCCACAGCUGCAGCAACAGCAGCAGCAGCAGCAGCAGCAGCCGAUGGGGUCUUCAACAAGCUGUGAGGCUUCUGCUUCGCUGGAUCUCUCAGAAUUACCUGAGGAAGUAAUUGAGGGUUUAAAUGCAAUCGCAGAAAUAAGACAGAGCAAACUCAACGGCAGGUAUUACAAAGGAGAGAAGAGUUCAUUAGAAAAUGAAGAAGAAGACCGACUGACGCUGUUUAUAGACUUAGACGAAACUCUUUUGUUUGCUUCGCCUACUCCUUUGCCGGGUGUAUCUCCAGAUAAGAUAUUUAAAUUUGUUUCUGUAAAUGCUGCUCCUUUUGAGUGUACAGAGGCCUCAGAUCCAGCCGCAGCUGCAGCAGCAAUUGCAAGACAGCAGCAGCACCAGCUCCUGUUGCAGCAGCAGCAGCAGCAAAUACAGCAGCAUAUGCAGCACAUGGAAGGACACCAGCAACAGCAGCAGAUGGAGUUGCAGGUGCAGCAGCAGCUGCUGCUGCUGCAGCAGCAGCUUCCUGUCCUCAUUCCUUACUCUUGUCCAGAUCAGCACUUAGUUAAUUCAACUCUAAAUACAAACAACCAACUAAACAAGCAAAAUGCUGCUGAUCCUGCUGCUGCUGCUGCUGCUUCUGGUGCUGCUGCUGAUGGUGAUGCUGCUGGUGCUGAUCCUGGAGCCGCAGCAGCAGCAGCUGCAGCAGCAGCAGCAGCAGCAGGAGAAAGCGGUUCUUUGUUGUUUGUAUAUUUCCGGCCCUUUGCUCUGUCUCUGCUGCAGCAGCUGCAUGCGAGCGGGGCCUUCGAACUAAUUAUAUUUACUGCUGCUCUGCAGCAAUAUGCAGAUCCUAUUCUAGAUGUCUUAGAAGCAGCCAAUGGAGGCAAACUCUUUCAUCACCGUCUCUACAGACAGCACUGCUCUACAGCUCCCCGCAAGCUUAAACCGCAUGCAGCAGCAGCAGCAGCAGCAGCAGCAGCAGGAACAGCAGCAGGAACUGGAACAGGGGAAGGCGGUGCGGCGAGAGAAGCAGCAGCAGCAACAGCAGCUGCUUGUGCAUUGGAGUCGGAAUCCGGUGUAGAUGGUGUUGCAGCGGGAGAUGAAGAUGCUGCUGCUGCUGCUGCUGCUGCUGCUGAUGUACCCCUGCUGCCUCUUUACUACGUGAAGGAUCUGGAAGCAGCAGCAGCAGCAAGGCCUCUAUCACGCUGCAUGCUGCUGGACAACAGCUUAAUUUCUUUUGCUGCUCAACCUGAGAACGGGUUGUUUAUAAAACCCUUUCUAGGAGAUGCAGCAGAUAAAGAAAUGCUGCUGCUGCCUCAGCUGCUGCUGCACCUCAGCAAGCUUCCCGAUGUCCGACUGGGGCUCUAUUCUUCUCUCGUUAAUGCUGCUUGGAAUUCGUUUAUUGUUCAGAAAGGCCUCUACCACUUAGCUUCCCCUACCCAGCAGCAGCAGCAGCAGCAGCAGGAGCAGCAGCAGCAGCAGGAGCAAGGCAGGGGAGAGCAAGAACGGCAGCAGGAAGAACGACAGAAGCAAAACCAGCAGCAAAUGCAGCAGCAAAUACACCAACGUCCUGCUGCAGCUCCUGCUGCUGCAACUAAAGAACAUAAGACAGAAACAGCAGCAACAGCACCAGCAGCACCAGCAGCAGCUGCAGCGCCUAUUGCUGCUGAGGACUCCAAACGGGAGAGAACCCGCGGUCGCAGCAGCAGCACCAGCAGCAGCAGCAGCAGUAGCAGCAGCAGCAGCAGCAACGGGCUAUUAGGCGCAGCUUCUCGUCGUCGCCAGUCUGGUGCUGCAGCUGUUUCAAUUCCUGCUGCUGCCGCUGCUUCCUCUCCCCUUGUCAGAACGCACCAGCAGCGACCGCAGCCGCAGCAGCCGCAGCAGCAGCAGCAGCAGCAGCAACUGCAGCAGCAGCAACUGCAGCAGCAGCAGCAACAGCAGCAGGGGAGACGAACCCCCCGCUUGGGCCCUCGUCUCUCCCGUACGCGGGAGGCGUCGAGGAUCUCUUUGUCUCCUGCUGCAGCAGCAACAGCAGCAGCAACAGCAGGUGAAGAAGUACCAGCAGCAGCGCCGUUGCAGGGACGCAGCAGAAGGAGGAGCAGCAGAGCCCUCGAGAGACAGCAGCAGCAGCAGCAGCAUCAUCAAUUGAAGUCUCACUCAGUAUUAUGUCUAAGGAGACAAGAGAGAGAAAACACGUCCUGGUGUACGUGCAGCUACUCAGCAGCAGAGACUCCCGAACAGCAGCACAUGGAGAGAAGAGCUGCUUCUGGGAGCAGCAGCAGCAGAAGCAGAACCUUUGCUGCAGCAGCAGCAGCAGCAGAAAGAGACAGCGAUGAAGACAAACAAACAAAAGCAGCUUCAGCUUGCAGACAGUUGAGGGUCCCCAGGCUGCAGCUCGACGCCUUAGCAGCCGCACAGCGACAGCCGCAAACAGCAGCAGCAGCAGCAGCAAGAGCAGCAGGGAGAGGCAGAGAGCGAUGGGCGACGGAGCCCCUUAGCGAUGAAACAGAAGAAGAAUCCGAUGUGGAUAUACACCCCACACCCCACACCCCCACCGCCCGCUGGCAGCAGCAGCAAAUGCAGCAGCAGCAAAUGCAGCAGCAGCAAAUGCAGCAGCAGCAGCAGCAGCAGCAGCAGGUAAAGGACUUGGGAGAUGCAGAACCAGCAAAACAAAAAAGAAAUCGCCGUAAGCAGCCAGGGAAUUUGUGCGGCUCUCCGAGUGUACAUACACCCCAACUCAUCAGCGGCGCAGCAGCAGCAGCAGCAGCAGCUGCUGCUGCUGCUGAUGCUGAUGCUGAUGGAGACCUUUGCCUGCAGCAACUAAACGCCAAAGGCCGAGCUGUACGUACACCUCGGGCACCCGUUAGCCGCACAGCAACGCCCCGCAAGCAGCAGCAAACGCAUAACCUGCCUCAGCAGCAGCUUCAGCAUAAGCAGCAGAUGGGGGCGUUCGAUUCCUCGUACACACUGCAGCAGCAGCAGCAGCAGCAGCAGCAGCAGCAGCAGGGUAUGUUUACGCAGCCUGGUAUCGGUAAGAGCUCUUCCUUUUUGCUUCCCUCCUCUGCUGCUGCUGCUUCUUCUUCGCAGUUGCUCAACAGUCGUGCUGCUGUUGCUGCUGCUGAGGUGUAUAGGCAGCAACCACCCCACACCCCAAUCCCCUGCAGCCAAUACCAGCAAUUAAGAAAAAAUCUCCCAUCCACGGGAUCGACAGCAUCGAUCGCACCCUUGGGAUCGCCGCGAGCGAUGGGAUCGAUGGGAUCGAUGGGAUCGUCGGGAUCGAUGGCGUCGCUCCCGCCGAUGGGAUCGAUGAGGCCUCAGGGAUCGAUGGCAUCGAUCCCGGCUAUAGGAACCAUGGGAUCGAUCCCGACGAUGGGAUCCAUGGUAUCCAUGGGACCCAUGGGAUCGAUGGGGCCGCCGGGAUCGAUGGGAUCGAUGGGAUCGAUGGGAUCGAUGGGACCCAUGGGACCCAUGGGAUCGAUGGGACCGCCUGGGUCGAUGGGACCCAUGGGAUCGAUGGGAUCGAUGGGACCCAUGGGAUCGAUGGGACCCAUGGGAUCGAUGGGACCCAUGGGAUCGAUGGGAUCGCCGGGAGCGAUGGGAUCGACUAUGUGGGGUUCGUCUCCUCCUUGUGAAUGGAACUCAUCGGCCUGCUACUCAGCCCAGCGCCUGCCUGCGACGUUUGUAGAUCCGUCUUGCUUCAAUGCAGCAACACCGCAGCAGCUACUGCAGCAGCAACAGCAGCAGCUGCUGCUGCAGCAGCAAGCAACGCAGCCAACUCGGUUCAGCAGCAUACCCUUCCAAAUGCAUGCAGACCCCAACCACCCCACACAUCUCUGUACCCCGCGUGUUGUUAGAAAGAAAGUAAGCGGCAGCAGCAGCAGCAGCAAUAUCAACCAGCAGCAGCCGCAGCAGCAGCCGCAGCAGCAGCAGCCGCAGCAGCCGCAGCAGCAGCAGCAGAAGCCUCAGAAGCUGUUUGCUGGCCGUCGUAUCCGUUUAGGGGAUUUGUUCGGUCGAUGUAUGGACGGGGCUAAAGACAACCAAUCAACAGAGCAGCAGCAGCAGCAGCAGCAGCAUCAGGUAGCAACUCUUGGCAGCAUCAUACAGCCCAUGCCUACGUACAGCAGAUUCUCUUUAAAUGCAACGGGGCCCACAAGCAUCAGCACUCCUUAUAUUCCUUCUGUCUUCAACCAGCAGCAGCAGCAGCAGCAGCAGCAGCAGUGGUGGCAGCAGCAGCAGCUGCUGCAGCAGCAGCAGCAGCUGCUGCUACAGCAGCAGCAGCAGUACGGGUGGCGUUGA